AUGUCCUUCUCUCGAUUUACAUUUAUGCGUUCUUUAUAUAAACUUAAAGCAAAUGUAUCUUGUCUCCGGCGCUACUCCUCGCAAAACAUCAAUUUGUCAGAUCCCGCAAUUCAGGCGUAUUUAAAAUAUUUGAUGUUAGAACAUGACAAUUUACAUACACAAUCACGUCGUAACCCAGAAGAAAUCAGACGACUUCAUCAAAUAAAACCCAUCGUUACCGUGCUUGAGCAGCGGAUAGCACUUUACGAUAGCAUUGAAUCACUGAAGGAAUUAAAUAAACGUGACGGGCAGGAUGAGGAAAUAAAAGAGAUGGUUAAGGAAGAGGCGGCUAUAUAUUUAAAACGUAUAAAAGAAAUCGAUUUUGAAUUAGAGUCGGUCUUAUUGGAACCAAAAUUGACUGAUGGUGGUAUACUAUUGGAGGUAACAGCGGGCGCUGGUGGACAGGAAGCGAUGCUCUUUGCCAGAGAAUUAUUUGAUCUUUAUAAAUCUUACUGUGAGUAUAAAGACUGGGAGGUUGAUGUUGCAUCCAUUGAAAAAUCUGAUAUCGGUGGAAUAAGAAAGGGAUCCAUGUUAGUGGCUGGUUAUGGGGCACCGGAGUAUAUGAAAAUAGAAUCUGGUGUACACCGAGUUCAGAGGAUACCUGCGACUGAGAAGGGAGGUCGUAUUCACACUAGUACAGUCUCAGUAGCAGUAUUACCUCAAGCUACAGAUAUAGAGAUAACUAUUGCUGAUAAAGAUCUUAAUAUUGAGACUAAAAGAGCGAGUGGGGCUGGUGGACAGCAUGUUAACACUACAGACAGUGCUGUUCGAAUAACCCAUUUACCAACAGGCACGGUCGUAGAAUGCCAAGAAGGACGAUCACAGAUCAAAAAUAAAGAAAUUGCAUUGCAAAAGUUGAAAACUUUAUUACUACAGAAGCAAGAGGAGGCACAAACAUCUAAAAUUAAUAAAGAGAGAAAAUCACAGAUUGGUUCGAGUAAUAGAAAUGAAAAGAUAAGGACUUAUAAUUAUCCACAAGACAGAGUUACCGAGCAUAGAGAAGGUGGUGGUACUACUCAUAGUUUAAAGACUUUUAUGCAAGGUGGAGAACAAUUAGAGAUAUUACAAGAAUCAUUGCUUAGACAUCAGCAAUACCAAGCUCUGAUGGCCGAUGUCAAUGAAUUAAUUAACAAAAAUAAAACAGAAACCGCCAAAAGCUAG